AGCCGAAAUCGCUUACCCAUAGCCAGGGUGGCAUCAGAGGAGGAAGGCAGACUCUGAACUGUGCUGGACUAAGCUGUGCGCAGAAAGACUGACUCGGUCAGAUCAGGCUGUCCAGCAGGCUAAGAAUAGCAAGAACCAUGUGGGUCCUCCUCCCUGUCCUGCUGAGCACCUUACUUUGUGCAUAUCCAGCUCACAGCCUCAAUUGCUACAACUGUACAGGGGUAAGGAAAUCCAGUCAAUGCAGCUCUGUUCAGUGCGCUGCAUCAGCAACUUUCUGUGGGAGUCUCGAAGCUACAGACAAACAAGGACCAGAGCACAACAAUCUAUACUUCAAGGGCUGUAGUAACAGUUCCUGUGGAGAGUUUUUCAAGGGAUUAUGGGACAGGGCCCAUAAAGAAAUCCCCGGAUCUCUCUUGGAAGUGAACUAUGUCUGCUGUUCAACGGAACUGUGUAAUGGGGCAGAUGGGAUCAGGGGCAGCCCCUUGGCCCUGAUAGGGACACUUCUGCUCAGCCUUGGAUCUGCCUUUCUCUGGGCCAUGCUGUGAGGGCUUCAGUCACCUCCUUGUGGACCCUGCCUGGUGAUUUCUCUUAUGCCUCAGGAAUAGAGCUUUCUCUCUGCACGUCCCCUCCCCUGCUUUUAGACCAAUUGCAAACAGAAUUUACCAGAAUUUUGUCAGUCCUGAUUGACACAAAUACACAUAUAAGGACACAUAGGAGACACACAUCUACACAGACAGGUGCACAGAAACAAAAAGACAUUUGCUGGUCCAUGGAGUUAUUGAUGCCUCUGCCCUCCCUCAUUUGUUACUGGUGGGAGCUACCCAAGAACUAUUAAGGUAUUGGAGAUAUGUGUGGAAGGUUCCUCAGAGACCUGUCUCUCCGGUAAUCUUUCUUUUCUUAGUUUCAUUUAUGCCUUUUAUUUUUAUAUUGCAUCCUUUUCUAAGUAUAUCUAUCCUACCCUCUGCUAGCCAGAAAGCCAUCCCCUAUACCAAAGGCUAAAAGAAACAAAGGUAUUUCAGCAAAAUCAUCUAACACAAUGAAUGAUGAAGUGUACCAGACUAGGGAAUACUUUACACUCAGAGUUCCCUACCUCUCCAAUGAAAGGAGGGAGAUGCAUUUUCUCAUCUCUUCUCUGUGUCACAAUUAAGCAUAUAAUACAGUGUUUUGUUUCAUUUAAAAAUUAUUUCUAUGUAAUAUUUUUUGUUGUCAUUGUGUUUAUGUUUUUUUUGUUGAGCUUUAUUCCUCAUCUAUUCCUGUGUCUUCCCAGGUUUCUCUUGAUUCCUUUUAUUUGCUGUUUCCUAUGGUUACUAUUCCUGGGCAGUUAGGUGGCACAGUGGAUAAAGUGCUGGGCCUGGAGUCAGAAAGACUCAUUUUCCUGA